GUUCAGUGAAUAGCGUUGUUGGCUAUACACACCGUUUCGGCAAUUGUAACGAAGCACGGUACAAUAUCGCACAUUACCGACGAUCAUCGAGGGGAUAUUGCAUCGAGCAGUGCAACCGCCGCAGAAUCUGCAGGUCUUUGAUUUGGGUGGAUAGGGGCCGUGACAGCUACUGCUGGCUGAAGAGAAUCUCCUGCCAUCAUCUGGUCAGCACCGGCGACAGAACCUACCACUUCUACACAAAGAUAGUCCAUCGUCCAAGCAAAUCGCUUACGUUCUACAUUAGGGACAGGCGAUACAUAUUCAAGCAGGAUCGUGUGUAUGAGAAGACGUUAUUCCAUUGGCGCCAUGGAUGCCUUCCUGGAAGUAGAAACUUCCCUAACAAAAGGGACGCAAGUCGAUGCAAAAUUUUCAAAUUCGAAUUUCUGCGAAAAUGGCUUCUGCGAAAUGCUGACAAAUUCCGCAUUAAUUUCAUUGGACGAUUUAAGUACAGUAGGCAACUGAAAUUGAACUUCAAAAGUGGUGGAUGGCUAAAUCUAAAGUGGUUCCUCACGCUGAAGCGUUGUCCUAGUGGAACAAGAAGUUUUGGCAAUCGGCACUAUUGUAAAGUCACGAAUUUUACCCUCUACCGGAACUGGCUGAGGCGUUACGGGUAUAGAUACGGUAUCACCUAUGACCGUUUUAAAUGGAUCCGAGGAUACAAAUUCAAAUUCUACAAGGAAAUCAGACAUAACUUUAGAAGAGGCGGUAUGUUCAGAAUCAAGUGGUUCAGAGGCCUGAAACACUGCAUGCCUGGUGCUAAAGCAUUCGGCAGUAGAUGCAAGAUUAUCAACCUGAGACUUGUCAGAGAGUGGAUAAGACAUCACGCCCGUCGAUUCCACAUCAACCUGAGGCGUAUCGACGGAAUCCCGACCCUCAUGCACUACUUUAGUUUCGGUGGCCCAGGCCACGGGCGCUGGGCUAUUAAACUACACGGCGGAGCAAAGUUCUAUAAGAAGAAAUAUCUCUACUUGCCGGGGACUCGAGGCUCAUACGCCACCUUCCGCCGUAUACCACUCCAUGGCAGCUUCACCAUCAGCUUCUACAUAAAACCCUUGAGAGUAAGAGGAAGACAGACCGUGAUCGGAAGCUGGGCGAAACGACGUUGGCUUUACAAACUCCACCUUGUCAAUGGACGGCUCGGUUUCUGGCUGCGUCGCGGGCCAAAACUCGAACAGACUAUGGUCAACAUACCAGCAGUGGGACAUAUCAAACCAAACAGGUGGUACAAUAUUGCUGUCACAUGGAACGCAGAAACUAGGUAUGCGAGAAUCUUCGUCAACGGGAAACAAGUCGGUGCAGAGAAAUCUAGGUUUGGUCGAAAUGUCAAGUUAUAUCCAAACCCUGGUCGGACCGCCCUCGGCUAUAAACAAGAUGGCAAUGACGAGAACCUCAAGGCUUACAUGGUCGGUCUUCGGAUCAGCCAAGGCGUCGUGCCAAAACACAGGUUCGUCAUAUAUGCAAACCGAAUCAAGAACUUUAAUCUCAAGCUCGGAGGAUUCAAAUAUAUCACGCUUUUGAGGGAAAACCUCAGGCAUGGCGGACUUAUCUUCCUAAAAUGGUUCAGACGAGGAAGGAAGAGAAUGCACAAGUGUCCGCGGGGAACCCGACGAAUAACAGGUCACGGUGGAAUUCGGUGCCGAGUUAUAAACCUGAGCCUAUUUUAUCACUGGGUACGAAGGCAUGGUCCUAGAUUCAACAUUAACGUGAGCAGACUCCCCAGACCACGCUUCUACCACUUCGCUCCUGGCACGAGUCGUAUGCAUCUUUACAUCGGUUUCAACGCCCGUGGUGGUGUCAAAAUCAGGGGAGGAUUCACCUCAGCCAAGUGCCGAAACUGGUGUGCACGCGUCAAGUGGUGCCGUGCCGUGGAUUAUAAUGGGCAAAGCCAUCGCUGUUACUACCACAGGCGGCCAUACAAGAGGAUAAGAGCCACCAGGAAAAGCUCGGGGACAAAAGAGGUCUGGAAAAUUGCACAAUACGCAAAGAUAUCAAGGAAACGUACCGCAAAGUUCUUCGUUCCGGGAUUUAGCCAACGCUACGGGGAUUGCCCUGGAAAGAACAAUAUUGCACACUACACCAAGACCAACGUGAAAUUCUGUGCCAAACAAUGCUGGCGCUUAGCCGAUUGCGAGACCUUCAUAUUUGUGAGUCGUGGUAAAGCCAGCUAUUGCCUCCUGAAGAACUCCGCCUGCAAAGGCCUGGUCUACACUAAUAACAGAAACUAUCACUUCUACAACAAGAUAGGUGCUUUCCAAUACUCGACGACUCUGAAGCGAAACUUUAGAAAAGGUGGUAUCAUACGCCUCAGAUGGUUCCGCCUCAACAAGUGCAUGCCUGGAACCAAGAGAAUUGGCAAGAGUAAAAAUUGCAGAGUUUUCAAUGUGAGAUUCUUCCGAAAAUGGAUAAGGAGAAAUGCUGGCAGAUUCAGAAUUAACCUGCGCAGCUUCCAGCAAGUCGCAGUUGCGGUACCAAAACAUUUGGUCGACUUAGCACUGCAUAAACCAGCUAUGCAAUUUGAUACUGCUUAUGGUGGUGUAGCUUCUCGGGCCGUUGAUGGAGUCAUCAAUCAAAACUACGGGGCCAGACAUUGCACAUGCACAAACGUCAAUACGAGGGACCGAGUCAACAAAAACUGGUGGGCGGUGGAUUUAUCGAGAAAAUCAUCCAUCCACACAGUCGUAGUCUACAACAGAGCAGACUGUUGCGGUAAUAGACUGGCAAAUUUUGAUGUCGUUGUAUCCGACAGAAGACCAGCACCAGGAAGAAAGCUCGUGUAUAGCAGGUCUGAGGUGUGUGCUCACAAGACUGGUGCUGUGAGACAAGGUGGACAUGAGGCAUUCAGAUGCCAGAGAGACGGCAGAUAUGUAGCUAUUGUUCAAUCCAGAGCCAAUUACUUGACACUUUGCGAAGUGGAAGUGUUAGGAUACCCUUCAACUGAGUUCUUCGUUCCGGGAUUUAGCCAACGCUACGGGGAUUGCCCUGGAAAGAACAAUAUUGCACACUACACCAAGACCAACGUGAAAUUCUGUGCCAAACAAUGCUGGCGCUUAGCCGAUUGCGAGACCUUCAUAUUUGUGAGUCGUGGUAAAGCCAGCUAUUGCCUCCUGAAGAACUCCGCCUGCAAAGGCCUGGUCUACACUAAUAACAGAAACUAUCACUUCUACAACAAGAUAGGUGCUUUCCAAUACUCGACGACUCUGAAGCGAAACUUUAGAAAAGGUGGUAUCAUACGCCUCAGAUGGUUCCGCCUCAACAAGUGCAUGCCUGGAACCAAGAGAAUUGGCAAGAGUAAAAAUUGCAGAGUUUUCAAUGUGAGAUUCUUCCGAAAAUGGAUAAGGAGAAAUGCUGGCAGAUUCAGAAUUAACCUGCGCAGCUUCCAGCAAGUCGCAGUUGCGGUACCAAAACAUUUGGUCGACUUAGCACUGCAUAAACCAGCUAUGCAAUUUGAUACUGCUUAUGGUGGUGUAGCUUCUCGGGUCGUUGAUGGAGUCAUCAAUCAAAACUACGGGGCCAGACAUUGCACAUGCACAAACGUCAAUACGAGGGACCGAGUCAACAAAAACUGGUGGGCGGUGGAUUUAUCGAGAAAAUCAUCCAUCCACACAGUCGUAGUCUACAACAGAGCAGACUGUUGCGGUAAUAGACUGGCAAAUUUUGAUGUCGUUGUAUCCGACAGAAGACCAGCACCAGGAAGAAAGCUCGUGUAUAGCAGGUCUGAGGUGUGUGCUCACAAGACUGGUGCUGUGAGACAAGGUGGACAUGAGGCAUUCAGAUGCCAGAGAGACGGCAGAUAUGUAGCUAUUGUUCAAUCCAGAGCCAAUUACUUGACACUUUGCGAAGUGGAAGUGUUAGGAUACCCUUCAACUGAGUUCUUCGUUCCGGGAUUUAGCCAACGCUACGGGGAUUGCCCUGGAAAGAACAAUAUUGCACACUACACCAAGACCAACGUGAAAUUCUGUGCCAAACAAUGCUGGCGCUUAGCCGAUUGCGAGACCUUCAUAUUUGUGAGUCGUGGUAAAGCCAGCUAUUGCCUCCUGAAGAACUCCGCCUGCAAAGGCCUGGUCUACACUAAUAACAGAAACUAUCACUUCUACAACAAGAUAGGUGCUUUCCAAUACUCGACGACUCUGAAGCGAAACUUUAGAAAAGGUGGUAUCAUACGCCUCAGAUGGUUCCGCCUCAACAAGUGCAUGCCUGGAACCAAGAGAAUUGGCAAGAGUAAAAAUUGCAGAGUUUUCAAUGUGAGAUUCUUCCGAAAAUGGAUAAGGAGAAAUGCUGGCAGAUUCAGAAUUAACCUGCGCAGCUUCCAGCAAGUCGCAGUUGCGGUACCAAAACAUUUGGUCGACUUAGCACUGCAUAAACCAGCUAUGCAAUUUGAUACUGCUUAUGGUGGUGUAGCUUCUCGGGCCGUUGAUGGAGUCAUCAAUCAAAACUACGGGGCGAGACAUUGCACAUGCACAAACGUCAAUACGAGGGACCGAGUCAACAAAAACUGGUGGGCGGUGGAUUUAUCGAGAAAAUCAUCCAUCCACACAGUCGUAGUCUACAACAGAGCAGACUGUUGCGGUAAUAGACUGGCAAAUUUUGAUGUCGUUGUAUCCGACAGAAGACCAGCACCAGGAAGAAAGCUCGUGUAUAGCAGGUCUGAGGUGUGUGCUCACAAGACUGGUGCUGUGAGACAAGGUGGACAUGAGGCAUUCAGAUGCCAGAGAGACGGCAGAUAUGUAGCUAUUGUUCAAUCCAGAGCCAAUUACUUGACACUUUGCGAAGUGGAAGUGUUAGGAUACCCUUCAACUGAGUUCUUCGUUCCGGGAUUUAGCCAACGCUACGGGGAUUGCCCUGGAAAGAACAAUAUUGCACACUACACCAAGACCAACGUGAAAUUCUGUGCCAAACAAUGCUGGCGCUUAGCCGAUUGCGAGACCUUCAUAUUUGUGAGUCGUGGUAAAGCCAGCUAUUGCCUCCUGAAGAACUCCGCCUGCAAAGGCCUGGUCUACACUAAUAACAGAAACUAUCACUUCUACAACAAGAUAGGUGCUUUCCAAUACUCGACGACUCUGAAGCGAAACUUUAGAAAAGGUGGUAUCAUACGCCUCAGAUGGUUCCGCCUCAACAAGUGCAUGCCUGGAACCAAGAGAAUUGGCAAGAGUAAAAAUUGCAGAGUUUUCAAUGUGAGAUUCUUCCGAAAAUGGAUAAGGAGAAAUGCUGGCAGAUUCAGAAUUAACCUGCGCAGCUUCCAGCAAGUCGCAGUUGCGGUACCAAAACAUUUGGUCGACUUAGCACUGCAUAAACCAGCUAUGCAAUUUGAUACUGCUUAUGGUGGUGUAGCUUCUCGGGCCGUUGAUGGAGUCAUCAAUCAAAACUACGGGGCCAGACAUUGCACAUGCACAAACGUCAAUACGAGGGACCGAGUCAACAAAAACUGGUGGGCGGUGGAUUUAUCGAGAAAAUCAUCCAUCCACACAGUCGUAGUCUACAACAGAGCAGACUGUUGCGGUAAUAGACUGGCAAACUUUGAUGUCGUUGUAUCCGACAGAAGACCAGCACCAGGAAGAAAGCUCGUGUAUAGCAGGUCUGAGGUGUGUGCUCACAAGACUGGUGCUGUGAGACAAGGUGGACAUGAGGCAUUCAGAUGCCAGAGAGACGGCAGAUAUGUAGCUAUUGUUCAAUCCAGAGCCAAUUACUUGACACUUUGCGAAGUGGAAGUGUUAGGAUACCCUUCAACUGAGUUCUUCGUUCCGGGAUUUAGCCAACGCUACGGGGAUUGCCCUGGAAAGAACAAUAUUGCACACUACACCAAGACCAACGUGAAAUUCUGUGCCAAACAAUGCUGGCGCUUAGCCGAUUGCGAGACCUUCAUAUUUGUGAGUCGUGGUAAAGCCAGCUAUUGCCUCCUGAAGAACUCCGCCUGCAAAGGCCUGGUCUACACUAAUAACAGAAACUAUCACUUCUACAACAAGAUAGGUGCUUUCCAAUACUCGACGACUCUGAAGCGAAACUUUAGAAAAGGUGGUAUCAUACGCCUCAGAUGGUUCCGCCUCAACAAGUGCAUGCCUGGAACCAAGAGAAUUGGCAAGAGUAAAAAUUGCAGAGUUUUCAAUGUGAGAUUCUUCCGAAAAUGGAUAAGGAGAAAUGCUGGCAGAUUCAGAAUUAACCUGCGCAGCUUCCAGCAAGUCGCAGUUGCGGUACCAAAACAUUUGGUCGACUUAGCACUGCAUAAACCAGCUAUGCAAUUUGAUACUGCUUAUGGUGGUGUAGCUUCUCGGGCCGUUGAUGGAGUCAUCAAUCAAAACUACGGGGCGAGACAUUGCACAUGCACAAACGUCAAUACGAGGGACCGAGUCAACAAAAACUGGUGGGCGGUGGAUUUAUCGAGAAAAUCAUCCAUCCACACAGUCGUAGUCUACAACAGAGCAGACUGUUGCGGUAAUAGACUGGCAAAUUUUGAUGUCGUUGUAUCCGACAGAAGACCAGCACCAGGAAGAAAGCUCGUGUAUAGCAGGUCUGAGGUGUGUGCUCACAAGACUGGUGCUGUGAGACAAGGUGGACAUGAGGCAUUCAGAUGCCAGAGAGACGGCAGAUAUGUAGCUAUUGUUCAAUCCAGAGCCAAUUACUUGACACUUUGCGAAGUGGAAGUGUUAGGAUACCCUUCAACUGAGUUCUUCGUUCCGGGAUUUAGCCAACGCUACGGGGAUUGCCCUGGAAAGAACAAUAUUGCACACUACACCAAGACCAACGUGAAAUUCUGUGCCAAACAAUGCUGGCGCUUAGCCGAUUGCGAGACCUUCAUAUUUGUGAGUCGUGGUAAAGCCAGCUAUUGCCUCCUGAAGAACUCCGCCUGCAAAGGCCUGGUCUACACUAAUAACAGAAACUAUCACUUCUACAACAAGAUAGGUGCUUUCCAAUACUCGACGACUCUGAAGCGAAACUUUAGAAAAGGUGGUAUCAUACGCCUCAGAUGGUUCCGCCUCAACAAGUGCAUGCCUGGAACCAAGAGAAUUGGCAAGAGUAAAAAUUGCAGAGUUUUCAAUGUGAGAUUCUUCCGAAAAUGGAUAAGGAGAAAUGCUGGCAGAUUCAGAAUUAACCUGCGCAGCUUCCAGCAAGUCGCAGUUGCGGUACCAAAACAUUUGGUCGACUUAGCACUGCAUAAACCAGCUAUGCAAUUUGAUACUGCUUAUGGUGGUGUAGCUUCUCGGGCCGUUGAUGGAGUCAUCAAUCAAAACUACGGGGCCAGACAUUGCACAUGCACAAACGUCAAUACGAGGGACCGAGUCAACAAAAACUGGUGGGCGGUGGAUUUAUCGAAAAAAUCAUCCAUCCACACAGUCGUAGUCUACAACAGAGCAGACUGUUGCGGUAAUAGACUGGCAAAUUUUGAUGUCGUUGUAUCCGACAGAAGACCAGCACCAGGAAGAAAGCUCGUGUAUAGCAGGUCUGAGGUGUGUGCUCACAAGACUGGUGCUGUGAGACAAGGUGGACAUGAGGCAUUCAGAUGCCAGAGAGACGGCAGAUAUGUAGCUAUUGUUCAAUCCAGAGCCAAUUACUUGACACUUUGCGAAGUGGAAGUGUUAGGAUACCCUUCAACUGAGUUCUUCGUUCCGGGAUUUAGCCAACGCUACGGGGAUUGCCCUGGAAAGAACAAUAUUGCACACUACACCAAGACCAACGUGAAAUUCUGUGCCAAACAAUGCUGGCGCUUAGCCGAUUGCGAGACCUUCAUAUUUGUGAGUCGUGGUAAAGCCAGCUAUUGCCUCCUGAAGAACUCCGCCUGCAAAGGCCUGGUCUACACUAAUAACAGAAACUAUCACUUCUACAACAAGAUAGGUGCUUUCCAAUACUCGACGACUCUGAAGCGAAACUUUAGAAAAGGUGGUAUCAUACGCCUCAGAUGGUUCCGCCUCAACAAGUGCAUGCCUGGAACCAAGAGAAUUGGCAAGAGUAAAAAUUGCAGAGUUUUCAAUGUGAGAUUCUUCCGAAAAUGGAUAAGGAGAAAUGCUGGCAGAUUCAGAAUUAACCUGCGCAGCUUCCAGCAAGUCGCAGUUGCGGUACCAAAACAUUUGGUCGACUUAGCACUGCAUAAACCAGCUAUGCAAUUUGAUACUGCUUAUGGUGGUGUAGCUUCUCGGGCCGUUGAUGGAGUCAUCAAUCAAAACUACGGGGCCAGACAUUGCACAUGCACAAACGUCAAUACGAGGGACCGAGUCAACAAAAACUGGUGGGCGGUGGAUUUAUCGAGAAAAUCAUCCAUCCACACAGUCGUAGUCUACAACAGAGCAGACUGUUGCGGUAAUAGACUGGCAAAUUUUGAUGUCGUUGUAUCCGACAGAAGACCAGCACCAGGAAGAAAGCUCGUGUAUAGCAGGUCUGAGGUGUGUGCUCACAAGACUGGUGCUGUGAGACAAGGUGGACAUGAGGCAUUCAGAUGCCAGAGAGACGGCAGAUAUGUAGCUAUUGUUCAAUCCAGAGCCAAUUACUUGACACUUUGCGAAGUGGAAGUGUUAGGAUACCCUUCAACUGAGUUCUUCGUUCCGGGAUUUAGCCAACGCUACGGGGAUUGCCCUGGAAAGAACAAUAUUGCACACUACACCAAGACCAACGUGAAAUUCUGUGCCAAACAAUGCUGGCGCUUAGCCGAUUGCGAGACCUUCAUAUUUGUGAGUCGUGGUAAAGCCAGCUAUUGCCUCCUGAAGAACUCCGCCUGCAAAGGCCUGGUCUACACUAAUAACAGAAACUAUCACUUCUACAACAAGAUAGGUGCUUUCCAAUACUCGACGACUCUGAAGCGAAACUUUAGAAAAGGUGGUAUCAUACGCCUCAGAUGGUUCCGCCUCAACAAGUGCAUGCCUGGAACCAAGAGAAUUGGCAAGAGUAAAAAUUGCAGAGUUUUCAAUGUGAGAUUCUUCCGAAAAUGGAUAAGGAGAAAUGCUGGCAGAUUCAGAAUUAACCUGCGCAGCUUCCAGCAAGUCGCAGUUGCGGUACCAAAACAUUUGGUCGACUUAGCACUGCAUAAACCAGCUAUGCAAUUUGAUACUGCUUAUGGUGGUGUAGCUUCUCGGGCCGUUGAUGGAGUCAUCAAUCAAAACUACGGGGCCAGACAUUGCACAUGCACAAACGUCAAUACGAGGGACCGAGUCAACAAAAACUGGUGGGCGGUGGAUUUAUCGAGAAAAUCAUCCAUCCACACAGUCGUAGUCUACAACAGAGCAGACUGUUGCGGUAAUAGACUGGCAAAUUUUGAUGUCGUUGUAUCCGACAGAAGACCAGCACCAGGAAGAAAGCUCGUGUAUAGCAGGUCUGAGGUGUGUGCUCACAAGACUGGUGCUGUGAGACAAGGUGGACAUGAGGCAUUCAGAUGCCAGAGAGACGGCAGAUAUGUAGCUAUUGUUCAAUCCAGAGCCAAUUACUUGACACUUUGCGAAGUGGAAGUGUUAGGAUACCCUUCAACUGAGUUCUUCGUUCCGGGAUUUAGCCAACGCUACGGGGAUUGCCCUGGAAAGAACAAUAUUGCACACUACACCAAGACCAACGUGAAAUUCUGUGCCAAACAAUGCUGGCGCUUAGCCGAUUGCGAGACCUUCAUAUUUGUGAGUCGUGGUAAAGCCAGCUAUUGCCUCCUGAAGAACUCCGCCUGCAAAGGCCUGGUCUACACUAAUAACAGAAACUAUCACUUCUACAACAAGAUAGGUGCUUUCCAAUACUCGACGACUCUGAAGCGAAACUUUAGAAAAGGUGGUAUCAUACGCCUCAGAUGGUUCCGCCUCAACAAGUGCAUGCCUGGAACCAAGAGAAUUGGCAAGAGUAAAAAUUGCAGAGUUUUCAAUGUGAGAUUCUUCCGAAAAUGGAUAAGGAGAAAUGCUGGCAGAUUCAGAAUUAACCUGCGCAGCUUCCAGCAAGUCGCAGUUGCGGUACCAAAACAUUUGGUCGACUUAGCACUGCAUAAACCAGCUAUGCAAUUUGAUACUGCUUAUGGUGGUGUAGCUUCUCGGGCCGUUGAUGGAGUCAUCAAUCAAAACUACGGGGCGAGACAUUGCACAUGCACAAACGUCAAUACGAGGGACCGAGUCAACAAAAACUGGUGGGCGGUGGAUUUAUCGAGAAAAUCAUCCAUCCACACAGUCGUAGUCUACAACAGAGCAGACUGUUGCGGUAAUAGACUGGCAAAUUUUGAUGUCGUUGUAUCCGACAGAAGACCAGCACCAGGAAGAAAGCUCGUGUAUAGCAGGUCUGAGGUGUGUGCUCACAAGACUGGUGCUUUGAGACAAGGUGGACAUGAGGCAUUCAGAUGCCAGAGAGACGGCAGAUAUGUAGCUAUUGUUCAAUCCAGAGCAAAUUACUUGACACUUUGCGAAGUGGAAGUGUUAGGAUACCCUUCAACUGGAAUAAAUAUUCUGCCCAAAGUUGAAAAUAAACCACCGGCCAAACCUACAGCCCCAACGAAACUAACAAAGUCCAACCUUAAGAAAGGGGGUAAAUUUGACUUGACAUCUGUCUUCAAGGGACUGACAUCGUGUCCUAAAGGAACAAAGACAGUUGGAGACGCCUGUGAAAUUACUCACUAUCAGUUUUUCAUCACUUGGUUGAAAGAACACGCGAAAUCCUACCAUAUAGACUUUGAAAGGCUUCCAAUUGUCACCACCACGACAACGACCACGUCCAACCAAUUCUCCGUGGGCCAGCGAUUUGGUAUUGGUAUGUUUAGAGGUCACUGUCCAAGCGGUACCAAGACCGUGGGGAAAUUCUGUGAAGUCAAUGAUGUCAACAAGUUUCUUGCAUGGUUAAAGGUGAACGCCAAGGCUUACGAUAUUGACUAUCAGGUUGAGAGUGCUGAGGAACCAGAGAAAUCUGAGGAAUCUGAGAAAUCUGAGGAAAUUAAGGAGCCUGCUGUUAAAGGUGGCAAUGGAAAUUCAGUCACCACUACGACAACGACCACGUCCAACCAAUUCUCCGUGGGCCAGCGAUUUGGUAUUAGUAUGUUUAGAGGUCACUGUCCAAGCGGUACCAAGACCGUGGGAAAAUUCUGUGAAGUCAAUGAUGUCGACAAGUUUCUUGCAUGGUUAAAGGUGAACGCCAAGGCUUACGACAUUGAGUAUCAGGUUGAGAGUGCUGAGGAACCAGAGAAAUCUGAGGAAUCUGAGAAAUCUGAGGAAAUUAAGGAGCCUGCUGUCACCACCACGACAACGACCACGUCCAACCAAUUCUCCGUGGGUCAGCGAUUUGGUAUUAGUAUGUUUAGAGGUCACUGUCCAAGCGGUACCAAGACCGUGGGGAAAUUCUGUGAAGAAAAUGAUGUCAACAAGUUUCUUGCAUGGUUAAAGGUGAACGCCAAGGCUUACAACAUUGAGUAUCAGGUUGAGAGUGCUGAGGAACCAGAGAAAUCUGAGGAAUCUGAGAAAUCUGAGGAAAUUAAGGAGCCUGCUGUCACCACCACGACAACGACCACGUCCAACCAAUUCUCCGUGGGUCAGCGAUUUGGUAUUAGUAUGUUUAGAGGUCACUGUCCAAGCGGUACCAAGACCGUGGGGAAAUUCUGUGAAGUCAAUGAUGUCAACAAGUUUCUUGCAUGGUUAAAGGUGAACGCCAAGGCUUACGACAUUGAGUAUCAGGUUGAGAGUGCUGAGGAACCAGAGAAAUCUGAGGAAUCUGAGAAAUCUGAGGAAAUUAAGGAGCCUGCUGUCACCACCACGACAACGACCACGUCCAACCAAUUCUCCGUGGGUCAGCGAUUUGGUAUUAGUAUGUUUAGAGGUCACUGUCCAAGCGGUACCAAGACCGUGGGGAAAUUCUGUGAAGUCAAUGAUGUCAACAAGUUUUUUGCAUGGUUAAAGGUGAACGCCAAGGCUUACGACAUUGAGUAUCAGGUUGAGAGUGCUGAGGAACCAGAGAAAUCUGAGGAAUCUGAGAAAUCUGAGGAAAUUAAGGAGCCUGCUGUUAAAGGUGGCAAUGGAAAUUCAGUCACCACCACGACAACGACCACGUCCAACCAAUUCUCCGUGGGCCAGCGAUUUGAUAUUAGUAUGUUUGGAGGUCACUGUCCAAGCGGUACCAAGACCGUGGGGAAAUUCUGUGAAGUCAAUGAUGUCAACAAGUUUCUUGCAUGGUUAAAGGUGAACGCCAAGGCUUACAACAUUGAGUAUCAGGUUGAGAGUGCUGAGGAACCAGAGAAACCUGAGGAAUCUGAGAAAUCUGAGGAAAUUAAGGAGCCUGCUGUCACCACCACGACAACGACCACGUCCAACCAAUUCUCCGUGGGUCAGCGAUUUGGUAUUAGUAUGUUUAGAGGUCACUGUCCAAGCGGUACCAAGACCGUGGGGAAAUUCUGUGAAGUCAAUGAUGUCAACAAGUUUCUUGCAUGGUUAAAGGUGAACGCCAAGGCUUACGACAUUGAGUAUCAGGUUGAGAGUGCUGAGGAACCAGAGAAAUCUGAGGAAUCUGAGAAAUCUGAGGAAAUUGAGGAGCCUGCUGCUGGUUCCACAACAUCUUACACUACUACAACCACUACUGAGGGCGGUAGCGGUUUUGCCGUCGGCCAGGACUUCCCCAAUACUAUGUUCGAGGGAACAUGUGUAUCCGGCACUGUAGCCAGAGGUAGCAGCUGUGUCGUCAAUGAUGCUGAGAAAUUCACGGCAUGGCUAAAGAAAAAUGGAGAAAAAUACGGCAUCUCGGUCUCCGAAUCGAAGAAGUAAACAAGAUUUCGACGCAAUGCAUAAUCUAACAGCCGGAUAGGCCGGGACUCGUAACGUGUUUUCUGUAGAAUGAUAUGCAAACAUAUAUAAUAAACAUAAUAUUCAAAUAACGUCCAUUGUUUUUCAUGCUAUCUCCUUGUAUGCGGUUUGUCAUGGAUUUUAUAAACAUGCACACUAGGCACGUGGUAGUCUCUUUGUAGAAUGUCCCAACUACUCCAACGCUUGGCCAAUCUCCUGAUACAGGGUCCUGUGGUCUUUAUUUAAUGCUGUAGAAAAUACAAAUGAUUGCACAAGUCACUUAUUUCACUUGUAUUGAGUGGCAAAAACACGUUCGUAUAUUGCAUCCGAGCCGAGACACAACCUUUGCGAGAACAUGCUGUGCCUUUAUACAUUUUAUGUAUCUUACUGCAUUUCUCCAUACAGUGUGUGUGUAUCAGAGGCAUAGUCUUGUAGGAAAAUGUCAAGUUGACAAUUCAUCUUUUCAUUAAUAGUACGUAAACCUGUACGUGAAAGGAUAGCACUCUGAAUAGAUUUGCCCCCUGAACGAAAUCGAUCAAAUAAAUUAUAUGCAUCUUGCUGCAUUCCCCAAAUAUUCAUGCAGUAUUCGGUACAUGAUUCAGGCUUGCGAUGUGCAUGUCAGUUGCUCAGUGUACGAGAAGUGUUAGGAUGGAUCGAAUAUUCUAAGAGGGAACCACUUCAUAGUGCAAAUGCAACCACCUGCAACUUUCCAAUCUCCAUCGAAUGCAUAUAUUAAUGAUCCCCUGGGGGAAUUGAUCAGAUAACUUAAAGAAUUACAGAUCAUCAGACGUGAAAGAAAAAACGGUGCAGAACUACAAGUAAAUGCAGGCUCAGACCGGUAUCCUGUUGGCGAUUGCGUUUGCUGUUUUAUCAAGAAAAACAGCAAACGGAUGCGCCAACUGGGACGAACAGCCCAACCACCAAUAUUUUGGUGGGAAGGAAGAGUCAGGAAUCUCCGACGCUGAAUCAUGUAAAGCAGCUUGUGCAGAUGGCUGUGAGGCGGUCGACUUCAACAAAACCUCCAGCAAGUGUUACCUGAUCGAUACGGUCGCGGGGAAAAAAGACGGAAGUAAUAACGAUGUCGACUCGUAUGUUUGCAGCGGAGGGGAUGACUCGAGCGGCGCUUCAGCAGAUGACUCAGCUCCUGCAGAUGACUCAGCUCCUGCAGAUGAUUCUGCCGGAGAUGGCACAGACGCUGCUACCGACGACGGGGCGACACCGGCCUAGAGAGUACAAAAUAUAAAUGUUGAUGAGCUCCCAUUGAUUACAUGUAUUGCGCUCCGAAAAAUGAGCUGUAAAAAUGUAUUAUGAAGAUAAAAAAGGGCUUUGACAUUAACAUAUCUCGUUGUUAUUUGUUUGAAACAACACUGAGGGGCGCGGUAUGAUGCUUCGAGUGAGUGCGAGUAAUGAUUCCCGAUUCGGUUCCUACUGUCACGUUUCUAAAUAACUCAGUGUGGUAUCCAAAGUAAUGCACUUGUUGCGGGACACCUGGAGUUGAUCAAAAACCGGGUCAUGUGUAACUGCAAAAAAAAUUCCUGCUAGUGUUAUUAAGGUAGGAAUGGACCUUUUGGGAGUAAUGCCUGCCACUCGAAAUACAGAUAUUUUCUUAAAAAAUAAAAUCUAGAUAAAAAAACCCAACACAAUAGAUUAUACUUUAACUAUCAGUGCCCAUUAAAAAAAAUUUUGACACCUCAUUAACAUUUUAAUUACAUGUAGGUUGCUAAUCUCCAGUAACACCUGUUAAGUCUACGGUUAACUGAACAUAUUUCAUUAUAAUAUACAUGUAUGCGUCUGGGGUGACUGGGCGUCGGGGGUGGAAAGAAGGUUUCAUAUCCCUUGGAAAGAAUCAUUCCUAUGCUCUCAGGAUGUAAAGUACAUGUAUCAUUUCCUUGUACUCUGAGUAUCCAUACUGGUCUGUUGAGGACAAAGUCGAAACAUUACCGCGUAAAUCCUUUUAAAACUACACUGCGAAGGUAAAUAUCCCAAUUAACCAGAUGUCCUUGAUAGGGGAGUUUCCUUUUUUACCGCAAUGGCACUUUUAAACGACUGACUAUAGGUUUUGUAUACUUAUUGCACUUUUAGUGUGGCGGUUUGUCGGAACGACUGAAUAAAGAAAGACACGUUUAUAAUAAAUGUAUAUAAAUUUUUCGUCUUCCAUCGACCAUAUGUCACUCUGACGACUAGGCAUUGUAUACAAUGGUCCCAAUCACCAUAAUCUACUUUCGAGACAUGUCCAUUUGAGAAGGAUUCAUUAAAAUCUAUUAAAUAUAAUCAAAUGACUAUAAUUAUGUCCCGUUUUAUAAUAAAUGUAUAUAUAUUUUUCGUCUUCCAUCGACCAUAUGUCACUCUGACGACUAGGCAUUGUUUACACUGGUCCCAAUCACCAUAAUUUACUUUCGAGACAUGUCAAUUGAAAAAAAUUCAUUAAAAUCUAUUAAAUGUAAUCAAUGACUAUAAUUAUAUCCCGUUUUUAACAGAUGUGGAAAUUAAUUAGAGAUUCGUUAUAAACCCUCCUCUCCUCGUCAACGUUAUUAGCAUUUCGGAACCCGAAAGAGCAACGUCCAUAGUCUUCUCUCAGCCAAGAUCUCACCAUGAAUCGCUUUGCAUUGUCUGUCUUCCUGGCAAUUGUCCUGAUUAGCAACCUGGCCAACGGAUGCGCCAAAUGGGAAAAGAAGCCCAACCACCAAUAUUUUGGCGGGGUGGAAAAGAAAGGAAUCUCCCAUGCUAAAGCAUGUAAAGCAGCUUGUAAAGCUGGGUGUGGGGCGGUCGACUUCAACAAAACCACCCACAAGUGUUACCUGAUCGAUACGGUCGCGGGGAAGAGUCAAAGACAUAAUAAAGAUGUCGACUCGUAUGUUUGCAGGGGAGGCGCCAAAGGUGGCAAACACGGUGCUAAAGCCUAGAGAGUACGAAAUAAAAAUGUUGAUGAGCUCCCAUUGAUUACAUGUAUUGCGCUCCAAAAAAUGAGCUGUAACAAUGUAUUAUAAAGAUAAAAACGGCUUUGACAUUAA